AUCUGCUGAGCAGCCAGAGAGGAGAACAACGGAGCGGCUUCCCCCAAAACAAAACAGCGUGGGCAGUGUGCAGCUUUAUUAUAAGAUCAUAAAUAAAAUAAAAAGGGGAGUUUUUUUGCUCGUUUAUAAGACUGCUGGAGAGUUUAGGACUAAUGCAGCGGUGAUAUCCACUCCUAGCGGCGGCUGGGUGGCGGUGCUGUGUGCAGCAGCAGCAGCUGGCCACAAACAAACAAAGGGAGGAAAAGGAUCAUUAAUUAAAAAAUAAAUUUAAAAAAAUACUUAAACGUUUAGAUUAAAUUCGUGCUAUAUAGUUAAGGGGACCCGCUUUGUCGUCAUAUUUAAGUGUAGCAGUGUGUUUGUUGGGACUACUUUAAGGUGAAACGCAAUGAGCACCGAGGCAGAGAGCGCUGCGGCCACUAAGCCCAUCCCGCAGGAUGAUGGCAUGACAUGGUGGUACCGGUGGCUCUGCAAGAUAGCUGGAGUUCUGGGAGGAGUGUCCUGUGCCGUCUCAGGAGUGUGGAUGUGUGUCACAGUGAACCCUUUAAACAUCGCUGCUGGAGUAUGGAUGGUGUUGAAUGCAUUCGUGCUGUUCCUGUGUGAAGUCCCAUUCUGUUGCCAGUUCAUAGAGUUUGCGAAUGCAAUAGCAGCCCGGGCAGACAAAUUCAAACCUUGGCAGAAAGCCUUCUUCUACUGUGGGAUGGCUCUAUUUCCUGUAUUCUUGAGUUUCUCCAUCACAACCUUGUUUGGAAACGCCAUCGCCUUCGCUACAGGAGUUCUGUACGGCCUUGCGUCUUUAGGCAAAAAGGGAGAUGCAGUGACUUAUGCCAGACUGCAGCAUCAGAAACAGGGGGAUGAAGAGAGGAUGACAGAAACGGCAAACGGGGCUCCGGAGUGAGGCGUCUGCCUCUCCACCCUCCUCGUACUCUCUUUUCUUCAGUUUUUACUCCCCCUUCAACCAUCUUCCAUGUUCCUUUCCUCUUUCCCAUUUCUGUCACUACAUAAUUAUAAUACUAAGUUUAUUUAUUUACUUAAACUGCUGCAUUCUUCUUGUCCUGACCUGGAACUAUCCAAACAGAUUGGAUUCAGUCCAUUAUUUGGUACCUUGCGUGUAAAUGGGAUCUCUCAUGGUGACUCAAUAACUUGUUUUAUGGUUUAUGUUCUUCUCAUGGGUUCUCAUGGGUUGUAUUUAUUAUUUGUUUCCCUUUGUUGUUUUGUUGCUUCUGUCAGUAGUAGACCCAGCAGGAUUUCCUGCUUUUCUGCAGGAAAAAUUUGAGGUACAAAUCUUUAGCCCAAGAGCCUUUUUCAGGAAAUCCCAAUAGAAAUUAAUGUGAUUGUAAAAUGUGACUUCAGGUUAUUUGCUAUGACUUUGAGGCUGUGAUUCAGAGUUAUCUGUGUGGUAAGUCACCACAGAUCUGUAAAGUUUCUCCCUGUAUUUGAAUCCCAAAAUGUACCUUCAUUGGAUUACUGUUGAGUGAUUUUUAGCCCACUGUUCAUGAAAGACUCUGAAUUGCAGCCUGAAUGAUUUUUAAAUAUACAUAGGCAUUAGGGAUAUGUUUAACAUUGGGAAUGUAUCUGGUAUACCCAAAGAUAAACUCAGUUUAUGCUUUUCAUAUUUACAUUUUUAUUCAGUUGGUUUAUGCUCAGCUGAGGCUUUCCGGCAUCAACAUUUUGGUAGCAUUGACUCUGGUUUAGAGGGAAUUUUAUUAAAAGCUUUGAGUGCAUGUGUCUGCUUGUUUAUCUAUGGGUCCAUUGUGAUCAAGCAGCUGGUAGCCAAGUUGUGGUUGCAAAAUGAUGUGGUACAUUGUGUAAUGGAAAAACUGGAAUGUGCGCCUAUUUGUUAUCCUUUUUCAAACAUAUUUGUUUAUUUGCUGGUUUUAGAAUCUGUUUAUUAUGAGUCUUAAUUGGUACACUCUACCAAAACACAUUCAAAAUUCAAAGAGGGGAAGUGUCUUGAUUCAGGGACUAAUUGGUCUGUAUUCCACACAUUCACCAAAGCCAUGGUUUGCCUUUGUCACUCAAAUGAGGUAUGCAGCGAUCAGCAAUGUACGAUUUGUGUUUGUGUCGUUUUGUUGCUUUGCCUCUGUUGUGUCAGCGUUAAUAAGGAUGCUUUGGGAAUAAUUGUAUACACGUACCUCUUACAGCUGUUUCUAUCCGAAGCCUAUCACUGGCUGGUCAGUGACUGAGUGGAGUAUUCACACGUUACCACCAGCUCUCAGGUGUCAUACUUGACAAUGCACCACGUACAGAUACUAAGUAGUUUAUGCAUAGAUCAUAGAUGUAUGCUAACUAGCAUAAGCAUGACUAUGAAAUACUGUCAUUUGAGCUGCUGGAAAAGCAUUUGUGUAGCAUUUAAAACAUGCACAACCAGCUGUCUCAAGUGAUUGAACACUACACACACAAACCAGCAGUAUGCUUCAGUCUGACACCACACACUUACACUACCGUUUUAGUGUAAGUGUUAUGUAAUGUUAAAUACAAUAAACAGCGUUCCUUCUCCACAACCUUCCAUCCAGGUGUAUUUUAUUGCGUUUACAUGCAUACUCUUGUGAUUUGAUUUGAUUGAUUUUAAAUCUUAAGGUGUUAAAUGCAUAUUUCGCUGUAAGGGAUAUGUGUAUAAUGUGUGUCGUGAUGUGAAUCCUGAUCCUGUUAUCAAUUAGUGAAUUAAACAAACUUGCUACUAC